AUGGUUGGUCACUUUAUUAAAAUUUGUUUUCUUGGAUUUCAUCUGUACGCUAUGUAUAAAAUUCCUUUAAGUGUUUAUACUAAAGAAUUCAUAUUGAAAUUCCCAGAAGGGAGAUUUAAAUUUGGAAUUACUACGUUAAAUGUCUUUACUGUUAUUUCACUUAUGUUUGGAUUUUUCAAGUUUAUUAGAGUUAUUAAAACGCUUCAUUCGUAUUUGCUCACUUUAAUUAUCAGUUAUCAGAUUGGUUUCACUGUAUUCUAUUGGUUUACUGCUCUUACUAAUCCUUCUUUAUAUGGAAAUUUUACUGAUGAUUAUAAAUCACCAUUGUUACAUAUUUGUAGAUACGGAUUACCUUUAUUAAUGUGUUUAAUGGAGCCAUUUGAUAUUUUUAAUGGUAAAGCUGUAAUAUACAUAUCACUGUUUAUAGGAUCAGUGGGUAUGACAUACUAUUUCCUUUAUGGUCUUAGUUCUUAUGAAGUUGUUUUAAGCUUUGCUAACAAUAAAACUUUCAAUGAAAAAUUUAUAGUUAAGGUUAUUGUUGUUAGCUUAUUCAUACCUCUUAUUAUUUACAGAUUAUUGUUAUCUUUAUCUGGGACUGUAAAACAAAAUAAGGUUAUUUUAACUAAUAAGAAAUAA